AUGGACAGUAUUAUUCUUAAUCCUCUCCAGCCUGUCCUACCUGAUCACACAGCCAUGCUGGACGAAGCACAGUUGGAUAUACUGGGUCAGCGGUUGGGAAAGACGUCCCGGUCGGUUUGGGAGAGGGUGAAGGCAGAAUGCUGGUGAGUGAAAGUGGAGCCUUGUUUGCCCCAGCGCUGUAUUCAUGCUCUAUAUAUUCAUUGUGCCGUGAACGUUAACCCUACCCCCAGUAGUCUCGGGUGUCAUGAGGGACAUACUGUAUAUUAUUAUGAGGGACAGUAUCACAUUAUUGGUGUUUCUUUUAUAUAUUACAUUUCCUUUUACAUUAACACAUUUUUUAUUUGGCCUACAUAUUCAUGUGUGCCCACUUCAACAGAGAGGAAUUAACCCUUUAUGUCUACGAUUUAACCCCAACUCUGGUGUGUCUCCUCUCCCAGGUGUUCUGGUCCCAGGCUGAAGAGCUGUAUGUUGUCAUUGGUUCCUGUCCUCGCCUGGCUGCCUCGCUACUCCCUCAGAGAAAACGCCAUCGGAGACCUGAUUUCGGGCAUCAGUGUGGGCAUCAUGCACCUACCUGGAGGUACCACUGACUACCUUGAGCUACUGAUAUGAAUGAGAUUGAUAUGCACAUGGUAUACCAACUUCCCAUGUCUGCUUUAGCCCAGAUGCUUAAUUUGAACUGUCAUUUCACUGUCUGUGUUUCUCUCUUUCUCUUUCCCUCCCCCUCUCUCUAUCAAUCUCUCUCUCCCACAAAGGCAUGUCUAAUGCGUUGCUGGCUGGGGUGCCUCCUGUGUUUGGUCUCUACACCUCUUUCUAUCCAUUGGUCAUCUACUUCAUCUUUGGGACAUCCAGACACAUCUCAGUGGGUGAGUGUUAGCACUGACCUCUACGUCACUCUCAUCACCUGAAGUGGUGUGCAUAUUCAACUUCCCUCAUUGGCAUUAGUUUUCUUUCAGCUAGUGCUGAAAGAGUGAAAUGUUGGUAGAGUUCAGUUAACCUGAGCGAGAAAAGAGUGCAAGGCUUUGAAUAUAAUAUCUGUAUGUUUCUAUGCAUGACUGACACACAGGUACUUUGAGUAUAAUAUCUGUAUGUUUCUAUGCAUUACUGACACACAGGUACUUUCGGCAUUCUUUCUAUCAUGAUUGGCACUGUGACGGGUAGCGUGGAGUUGCUUAGCAACAGUGUUGAGGAGCAGGACGGCGAAAGAGAGAUGGCCAGAGUGUGUGUGGCAGUACAACUUACCUUCCUUUGUGGCCUUAUACAGGUGAACACACACACACACACACACACACACACACACGUCUUAGGAUGACAGGCUAUAUAUGUUACUUAUCCCCCUCUACAGAUAGUGUUGUUCUUGUUGAGAGGAGGGGAUGUGUGUCACUGGCUGUCUCAGCCCCUGGUGAGCGGCUAUACCACGGCAGCAGCCCUCCAUAUCACCAUCCACCAGCUGCCUCUACUCGUUGGCAUCUCAUCCGACAGACACAGCGGUUUCCUGGCUGUAGGCUGGGUGAGCUUUGUUUGUGAGUGUGUGUGUGUGUGUGUGUGUAUGUGCGUGUAUGUGUCUGUGUGCAUGUAUAGGAGACAGAGAGAGUGCGAGAAAGUGUGUGUCCCUGUCUUCAUUCCUGUACCCCGGUGUGUGUCAGACGCUGGUUGAUGUGCUGUCUAGAGUGACUAACGCAACGCCUGGGACGCUGGUCGUCUCCGCCGUCUCCAUGGGGAUCCUGGUGGGAGGCAAGAUGCUGAAUAGACUCUUCAAGACCAAGCUACCCAUGCCCAUUCCAUGGGAGCUGGUGCUGGUGAGACACACAUAUACACACACACACACACACACACACACAGUCAGAGUUGAGUCAGAAUUGCAUAAAGGUAUUUCUGUCCUCUUCAUUUUAUCCUCAGAUAAUGCUGGCCACCUUCCUGUCAGUGCAGUUGGAGUUGUCAGGACAACAUAGUGUCCAGGUUGUAGGACACAUACCCACUGGGUCAGUCCUACUGUCUCUCUUCAUCUGUUUGUGCCAUGUAGAGAAAACAAGACUGAAAAUGAAUUUACUUGUGACAUAAAACCUAAUUAUUACAGUGUUAUGUUCACAGGCUACAUGAGAUGGAUACAAAAAUAUGAUGAAACUACCAGUAUGUCCCCUCUAUCUCUCUGUGGCUUCAGCCUGUCCUCCCCAGCCCUCCCCUCUCUAGCCCAGGUCAAGGAGCUGUUUGGUCCGGCUCUGUCCCUGGCUGUGGUGGGCUUUGGCUUUACCUCCUCCAUGGGCAGAAUAUUUGCCCACAAACAUGGUUACGCCAUGGACAGCAACCAGGUAACAGAGAAAUUAGCUCUGAAAUUGUCUCAUAAUGAACUCAUUAUCCUCACACCACUGUUUGGAGGACCAGUUUCUCUCUCCCGCUAUUUCACUGCUAUAAUUGGUCUCUCCCUGCUGCAGGACCUGUUGGCGAUAGGCCUCUGCAACACAAUUGGAGGGAUGUUCCAGUGUUUCGCCGUCAGCUGCUCUUUGUCACGCAGUACGGUCCAAGAGAGUGUUGGGGUGAAAACCCAGGUAGCGUUUUAUUUUUUAUAGCUGGAAUUCCUAGCAGUGAAACUGCCACGUCUUUUUGGUAUAUUACAAUAACAAAGAAGUUACUUCAAACAAUGAACAUUUUUUUUCCCUCUGACAUUGCAUGUGCGAUAGAACACCAGAUGUACUGCGAUUUUUCUUUCUACCACGCUGGCGGACGCUCCUCUCCUCCAUUUCCUCAACAAAACAAAAAUAAUAACAAAUGCACUGGGGUUUCAGCUUUAAAGCUGCAAUAUGUAACUUUUUGGGCGACCCAACAAAUUUCACAUAGAAAUGUGAGUUAUAGAUACACUACAUGACCAAACGUAUGUGGACACCUGCUCGUUGAACAUCUCAUUCCAAAAUCGUGGGCCUUAAUAUGGAAUUGGUCCCCCCCUUUGCUGCUGUAACAGCCUGCACUCUUCUGGGUAGGCUUUCCACUAGAUGUUGGAACAUUGCUGUGGGGACUUGCUUCCAUUCAGCCACAAGAGCAUUAGUGAGGUCGGGCACUGAUGUUGGGCGAUUAGGCCUGGCUCGCAGUCGGCGUUCCAAUUCAUCCCAAAGGUUUUUGAUGGGGUUGAGGUCAGGGCUCUGUGCAGGCCAGUCAAGUUCAUCCACACCGAUCUCGACAAAGCAUUUUUGUAUGGACCUCGCUUCGUGCACUGGGGCAUUGUCAUGCUGAAACAGGAAAAGGCCUUCCCCAAACUGUUGCCACAAAGUUGGAAGCACAGAAUAAUCUAGAAUGUCAUUGUAUGCUGUAGCCAUAACAUUUAUCUUCACUGGAAAUAAGGGGCCUACCCCAAACCAUGAAAAACAGCCCCAGACCAUUAUUCCUCCUCCACCAAACUUUACAGUUGGCACUAUGCAUUUGGGCAGGUAGCGUUUUCCUGGCAUCUGCCAAACCCAGAAUCAUCCGUCGGACUGCCAGAUGGUGAAGCGGGAUUCAUCACUCCAGAGAACGCUUUUCCACUGCUCCAGAGUCCAAUGGUGGCGAGCUUUACACCACUCCAGCCGACGCUUGGCAUUGCGCAUGGUGAUCUUGGGCUUGUGUGACCUACCACUUCGCGGCUGAGCCUUUGUUGCCCCCAGACAUUUCCUCUUCACAAUAACAGCCCUUACAGUUGACUGGGGCAGCUCUAGCAGGACAGAAAUUUGACGAACUGACUUGUUGGAAAGGUGGCAUCCUAUGACGGUGCCACGUUGAAAGUCACUGAGCUCUUCAGUAAAGCCAUUCUACUGCCAAUGUUUGUCUAUGGAGAUUGCAUGGCGGUGUGCUCGAUUUUAUACACAUGUCAGCAACGGGUGUGGCUGAAAUAGCCAAAUCCACUAAUUAGAAGAGGUGUCCACAAACUUUUGUAUAUAUAGUGUAUGUCAUUCUCAUUGAAAGCAAUGCGCUAUUUCUAUGCUUCCCAUUUUUAUGUUUCGUUUUUUGCAUCUUUUACUUUUGAUUUUGUACACCAGCUUCAAACAGCUGAAAUUACAAAGUGUUUUGGUUAUGGAAAAUAUAUUUCACAGCAGUUUAGAUGUUACAAUGAUUCUCUACACUAUACUUGCUUGUUUUGUCACAUAAACUGAAAUUAGGCAAAGUAUUAGAAUUUUAGCAACCAGGAAAUGGUGGAGAGAUUUCCGCAUAUACACAUCAGGUGAAUGGAAUUGUUUUUUGUGAUAGACACACUAUAGUAUUGAAAUGAGAGGGAUACAUACUGUAGUAUUACAUGUGAGAGGGACACAGGAUUUAAAGUCUGGCUCUGGAAUUGAACUCUGGUCUCCUUUGGGGAAUAUGUAGUCCAUAGUUGUCUGUGUGCUAGACCAAACUCCGGCACAGGUAAAGACUUAAUCUCACAUCUUCCCUCUCUUAUAUGUAUCUCCCUCUGUUUCGCUCUCGCUUUUCUAAUCUCUCCCCCUCGCUCCCUCUCUCCACAGGCGGCUGGGCUUCUCUCUGCUCUGAUGAUGCUCACCAUCUUGCUGAAGAUUGGACAUCUCUUUGAGCAGCUGCCAAUAGUACUCAAGUCAUUUAUAACACCUUCUACAAUCCCUUCUCUAACACUGAAAUCAGAUGUUUUGUCUGUGUUUGCGUUCAUUUGUUUGUUUUUGUGUCCAUAUGCUUCUGUAUCAUUCCCUGCCUUUGUGUUUGUAAGUGUUUAUAGGUGUUGCUCUGUCUCUAUGUGUGUCUGUUACAGGCAGUGUUAGCAGUGGUCAUUGUGGUAAAUCUGCAAGGGAUUCUGGGUCAGUUUCGGGAAGUCCCAGUGCUCUGGGCAUCUGACCGCUUGGACCUGGUAUUAUUCAACAACAACCUCCAUAUAACAUCCAUCAUCCAUCCCAUAUGCCAUCACUGAUCACCCCAUAAAGGCCUCUAAUCCAGGGACUUUCCUAUGUCUCUCUCCCCUCUCUCCCUACAGCUGGUGUGGUUGGCCACCCUGAUAUCCACCCUGCUUUUCAACCUGGAUCUGGGCCUGGCUGCUGCUCUGGCCCUCUCUCUGAUCACUGUCAUCUACAGGACUCAACUGUGAGUGUGUCGUUCAUGCGUUAGGUUGGGUGCAUGUUAUGGGAUUCGCAUAACACCUAUGGUAAUUGUUCAUGUCUUUUCUUUCUCAUUCUUUCUUUUGUAUUCACUCAUCACUCGCUCUGUCUGUUUAUGUCUCUCUCUCUCUCUCUCUCUCUCUUUAUCUCUUUAUCUCUCUCUCUCAGCUCCCACAGUGCAAUGCUGGGUCAUAUUCCUGGGACUGACUGCUACAGGGACCUACAUCUCUAUGCUGAGGUAACCUCUAUGAUAGCCACCUUUCACCUGAACUAACUAACCAGCCCCAGCUGUGCUGCUGAUGAACAACACCCUGGCCUGCUCUGUGUUUUACAGGCCAGGCCGAUUCCUGGAGUAACUAUAUUCUCUUGCUCCAACCCUCUGUACUUUGCAAAUGCUGAGCUGUUCUUCAGCUCUCUCAGAAAGGUAGGUAGGCUACAUGCUACGAGACAUAAACUACAACUUAACCGAGACAAUAUAACAUAAACUACAACUCAACCCAGAACCACCGCAUUCCACUGUUUGUUUCUGCACAGUUGUGCAUUCCUUCACGUACUUACUGUAGGUUGACAGCUGUAAUUCAUGCAAUGUGAAAGUCUAUGAACAUUAGCAAGUGUGUGUUUUUGUGAAUACAGUCGGUGCAGCGUGUCCAACUGGAGAAUGCAGCCCUCAUUGAGAUCCAGCCCUUAGCUCAAAUGUCAGGAGCAAGGCGCAGUAUGGUGCUAGAGUUUAGCUCAGUCAUCUUCAUGGACUCUGUGUCAAUCAAAGCACUAUGUACGGUGAGCCCAAACAGUCAUUUCCUGAAACGAAUAACAGAGAGCGUGAGAUAGGGAAAGGGAACAAGGGAUAUUCCAUACUGUGCUGUGUAACACACUGUGUUUUUCCAUUGUGGCAGCUUGUGGAGGAAUUGGAGGAGCAGGGGGUCAAUGUGUUUCUGGCUGCUUGCCAAGGUAAAUUCCCCUCAAACAACCUGUUACUGCCAUAACAACCUCAUUUACUUAUAAAACUCCCUGGUCUACCCUCAAAACAGUGAUUGAUGUACUGUAACAUAUAUAUAUAUAUAUAUAUUUCAUAUUGUGAAAUUCUGCACUGGACAUUGCUCUCAUACCUCUCAGGACAUUGAUAGUACUGUUUUUGGUGUAAGACGUAAUGGCAGCUACAGUUGCUUUAGAAAUCAGUUUCAGAUUGUAGGGUAAUGUGCAUCUCAGUUUCAGAUUGUAGGGUAAUGUGCAUGUCAGUUUCAGAUUGUAGGGUAAUGUGCUUGUGUGUUACCUGUGUACUGUAGACAGGCUGGUGAGUCAGCUGCAGGCCCAGGGCUUCAUCCCAAACACUCUGCCCAGGUCCUGCCUCUUCCCCUCAGUGCACCACGCUGUCCAACACUGCCAGAUAUCUCCUCCCUUGGCUGUGAGUAUGUUAACUUUUUCUGUAUGCAUUGCUAGUGGCAUUGCUACCUAGUGUCCUAUAUCUACCAAUUUGUCUGUUGGAAUUAGUCUGCUUGCUUGUGAUUGUUUUCUACCUCUGCAUUGAUGUUGUUCUUCUGCUCCUAUAGGACCACAACACAGAGCUGAGUGAGUGUUGAUGUGCAGCAUGCAGCUCAUGGAGUGGAUGGGAAAAUGCCACUGUGGAAUUCCUACCUCAAUCAGAAUAUACAGUAGACUGAACUCCCAGCUCAAGCUGGCGUUGCGAUAGGACUAUGAAAAUGCUUUCCUUUGAGCUCAAUCUCUAAUGCUGUAGUUCAAAGUCUUCUUUUGAGCUAUGAAAAGAGAGCAGCAGGAGAGGAGCCAGCCUGAGUCUGUCUGUCUCUGUCUGUAUGCCUAUCUCUAAAACAUGUCCAAGACCAACCCUCCUGCACAAUGCUUAGAGGUGUCUGUGUGGGUUUAAUGGUUGGGUUUCUCUCCUUGACCUCCUCCAAUGAGAUCAGACACUUAUAGGAAAUGGGUGAGCUCAGCUGAUGUUACUCAGACAGAAUUGACUGUCAUUCGUUGUUUGCAUCAUCGUUUCGAUUUCCAUUGCAGGCCUACUGUACUACUACUGUACUGCUACUGUACUACUACUGUACUACUACUGUACUGCUACUGUACUACUACUGUACUACUACUGUACUACUACUGUACUGCUACUGUACUACUACUGUACUACUACUGUACUGCUACUGUACUACUACUGUAGUGCUACUGUACUACUACUGUACUACUACUGUACUGCUACUGUACUACUACUGUACUGCUACUGUACUGCUACUGUACUACUACUGUACUGCUACUGUACUACUACUGUACUGCUACUGUACUACUACUGUACUACUACUGUACUGCUACUGUACUACUACUGUACUGCUACUGUACUACUACUGUACUGCUACUGUACUACUACUGUACUACUACUGUACUACUACUGUACUGAUACUGUACUACUACUGUAGUGCUACUGUAGUGCUACUGUACUGCUACUGUACUACUACUGUACUACUACUGUACUACUACUGUACUGCUACUGUACUACUACUGUAGUGCUACUGUAGUGCUACUGUACUACUACUGUACUGCUACUGUAGUGCUACUGUACUGCUACUGUACUACUACUGUACUACUACUGUACUACUACUGUACUGCUACUGUACUACUACUGUACUGCUACUGUACUACUACUGUACUACUACUGUACUGCUACUGUACUACUACUGUACUGCUACUGUACUGCUACUGUACUACUACUGUACUACUACUGUACUGCUACUGUACUACUACUGUACUGCUACUGUACUACUACUGUACUACUACUGUACUACUACUGUACUGCUACUGUACUACUACUGUAGUGCUACUGUAGUGCUACUGUACUACUACUGUACUACUACUGUACUGCUACUGUACUACUACUGUACUGCUACUGUACUACUACUGUACUACUACUGUACUGCUACUGUACUGCUACUGUGUUGCUACUGUACUGCUACUGUACUGCUACUGUACUGCUACUGUGUUGCUACUGUAGUGCUACUGUAGUGCUACUGUACUACUACUGUACUACUACUGUACUACUACUGUACUGCUACUGUACUGCUACUGUACUACUACUGUACUGCUACUGUACUGCUACUGUGUUGCUACUGUAGUGCUACUGUAGUGCUACUGUACUACUACUGUACUGCUACUGUACUGCUACUGUACUACUACUGUACUACUACUGUACUGCUACUGUACUACUACUGUACAACUACUGUACUGCUACUGUACUACUACUGUACUACUACUGUACUACUACUGUACUGCUACUGUACUACUACUGUACUACUACUGUACUGCUACUGUACUACUACUGUAGUGCUACUGUACUACUACUGUACUACUACUGUACUGCUACUGUACUACUACUGUACUGCUACUGUACUGCUACUGUACUACUACUGUACUGCUACUGUACUACUACUGUACUGCUACUGUACUACUACUGUACUACUACUGUACUGCUACUGUACUACUACUGUACUACUACUGUAGUGCUACUGUAGUGCUACUGUACUGCUACUGUACUACUACUGUACUACUACUGUACUGCUACUGUACUACUACUGUACUGCUACUGUACUACUACUGUACUGCUACUGUACUACUACUGUACUGCUACUGUACUGCUACUGUACUACUACUGUACUGCUACUGUACUGCUACUGUACUACUACUACUGUACUACUACUGUACUGCUACUGUACUACUACUGUACUGCUACUGUACUACUACUGUACUACUACUGUACUACUACUGUACUGCUACUGUACUACUACUGUAGUGCUACUGUAGUGCUACUGUACUACUACUGUACUACUACUGUACUGCUACUGUACUACUACUGUACUGCUACUGUACUACUACUGUACUACUACUGUACUGCUACUGUACUGCUACUGUGUUGCUACUGUACUACUACUGUACUGCUACUGUACUACUACUGUACUGCUACUGUACUGCUACUGUGUUGCUACUGUAGUGCUACUGUAGUGCUACUGUACUACUACUGUACUACUACUGUACUACUACUGUACUGCUACUGUACUACUACUGUACUGCUACUGUACUGCUACUGUGUUGCUACUGUAGUGCUACUGUAGUGCUACUGUACUACUACUGUACUACUACUGUACUGCUACUGUACUACUACUGUACUACUACUGUACUACUACUGUACUGCUACUGUACUACUACUGUAGUGCUACUGUACUGCUACUGUACUGCUACUGUACUACUACUGUACUACUACUGUACUGCUACUGUACUACUACUUUACUGCUACUGUACUACUACUGUACUACUACUGUACUGCUACUGUACUACUACUGUACUACUACUGUACUACUACUGUACUGCUACUGUACUACUACUGUACUGCUACUGUACUACUACUGUACUGCUACUGUACUACUACUGUACUGCUACUGUACUGCUACUGUGUUGCUACUGUACUGCUACUGUACUGCUACUGUACUACUACUGUACUGCUACUGUACUACUACUGUACUACUACUGUACUACUACUGUACUGCUACUGUACUGCUACUGUGUUGCUACUGUACUACUACUGUACUGCUACUGUACUGCUACUGUACUACUACUGUACUGCUACUGUACUACUACUGUACUACUACUGUACUGCUACUGUACUACUACUGUACUGCUGGCAUUGCCUGGGUGGGUUUGUGCUACACAGAGAUAAAUAAUGACUGACUGACUCGCCCUCUUGUGACAAUGUAAUUCAGGAGGGUACAUUUUACAUUUACAUUUACAUUUUAGUCAUUUAGCAGACGCUCUUAACCAGAGCGACUUACAGGAGCAAUUAGGGUUAAGUGCCUUGCUCAAGGGCACAUUAACGUCAUUUAGCAGACGCUCUUAGCCAGAGCGACUCACAAAUUGGUGCGUUCACCCUAUAGCCAGUGGGAUAACCACUUUACAAUUUGGGGGGGGGGUACAAAUGAAAUGUCAUUCAGGAGGGUACAUUUGGAUGUUUUUCUCAACCUUGCUCAGUGAAAGGUUGUACAGUAUAAUGACUUCAAUCCACAUGCUGAUAGCCUACUACGGUUAAGUUGUGAACUAUGAGACCAUACUGUCACAUCAUUCAUUCUGCUGUGUGUUUUAGAAGAAAUGGAAACAGAAGCUGUUUCUAUAAAAGCUUUAUUGGAGCAAUAUGGCAUCGUGUGUUCAAUUCUUUGUUGCAUACAGAAUGGUUUAUUCUUUUUCAUUAUAACCAAACUGUAUCAUUGUGUUUUACCAUUUAAAAUCUUUGUAAGCUUACUCUGUCUGCAGCUCCACUAAAACAUGGAUUUAAUUGGAAUGAUUGACAGGUGCAACACCCCUGUUUGAUUACUUAGCAUUAGUUGGGUGGACAACACCUCUAUUAAACUCUAUGUCAACCCUUGAAUACUGAAGAAAGUAAUACUGUUUCAACAUAUAUCAUCAAGCUUCAGAUGGAAAUUAAAAUACUAUUAAACAUAAAUAAAUGUUAAAUAUUCACUGCACAUCAGAAGGGGAGGGAAGAGUACAAGAGUACAGCGCAUAGUUUAACUUAACUGCAAAUGGAGGGACUGAAGAGCUGCCUACACUGUAUAUAAUAAGUCUAGCAGAGAUCAUAAAGAAAGAGGCGGUUUAUAUAAGGGUAUCUGCAAGAGGCGUGAACUGGAGGGCAAAGUUCAAAGGUCACCCAGGGCUGCUGGGUAUUUCCUUUGACCCCUAUAAAAAAAACCUGUUUCAAUGGAAGUUUGGUUCAAAACAUUCAAAUGACCAACAAACUCCAACACAACAGGUUCAUUAUUUAUCCCUCACGGUCCCCUAGUAUCAUUAUUGCGGCCAUAUCUGUUUGUGCACACAACCAGGUCAUACACCAUCCACACAGGGUAAGCAAAAACAAGGGUAAUAUCCCUGACUUGACUGAAUUAUGUCCUCUCUCUAAUCAGGCCCAGAUAAGACUCCUGACACCUCUUUCUAAAGACCUACUGUCUCACUGACUUGUAGCGUCAACAGCACACCUGUCUGUCCAUCUCGAAUGGGAUGAAGUGAUUGACUGGGACUUUGCUGUCCUCCUCCCCACCUGCAAGAGUGUAUCUGUGUUUUGUCUUCAUUCAAGGUCCGCUGUCAUAAGAUACUUGGACAAGAGGGAAUACUCAGUGACAGAGGAGGUUAAAGAUGAAACCAGAGGACUUUCUAGGAACAGAGGGUCUCAACUGGAUUAAUAACGGAAGAAUGACCCCUCUUAACUCAAAGUCAUACAAAGGCUCAGACACUUUGGACACAGAUUCAUAAAGUAUUUGGAUUACCAUAUUUGGACAACCUGAACACUGAUGUACAGACCUGCAGUAGAUUGACCUUGAAGGAGAGGAACAUAUUUUCAGAAGUUGAAGCUACAUCAAGUGGGAUAUUAUUGCUGAUCAUUGACAAUCAACCUGAAGCCAGUUUCUAUUGAGACAUAAGACAUUUAAGUCAUAAGAUCACAACACAUCGGAGCACAGGGAGAGAGUUGAUAUCAGACAAGUUUGAAGGAAGUAUCAGAGGUGACCUCUACACAGAUGGGACUCUAGUGGGUCACACAGGCCCAACCAUGGAGGAGAGAAGGCGUGUGGGCUACCGCAUGUACAGAGAGGUGCUGGAUUAAGGAAAAGUGGACAAAUUUGCAGAGAAAUCAGAUGUUAAAGUCCCUCUCACUGAAAAACUCAAGAGUCAAUGAGGUAAGGUAACGUUCACCUUGAAUACAACUGAAAAUAACCUAAAUGAAAUGAAACUGUGACGAAAUAGCGUUCAUUGUUGACCUCUCUAGAAUGCUGUGUCUCAGACAUGACUCACUACUAAUACCAUUUGUAAUUCCUGGAAAGACUCAGUGUAUCCUUGUGUUGUUUUAGUACAGUAUGUGUAAGAGUUGCUGUGCGUCUUAGUUCUCCCUAUGACUCAGUAUGUCUUGUGUGCCUGUUUCAGUGCUUAAAGAGCUACUGAACAUGCCGAUUGGCACGUGUGUUUUUCUGUUGCUCAUUUGAAAAAAACGAGAUUUCAGUCUUGGAGGUGUGUUUCCUAACCGAUUCUGCGUUUGGUUAAUGAUAUUUGUCCCCCCAUGAGACACUGUGUCAAGGGUUCUGAUGCGAGUGUGGUGUGGAAUCAAGUGCAGGACACAGGAGCUCAGUCAAACCUGACUUUACUGAGAUGAAACAAAUACAAACGGGUCCAACUAGCCCGGAGGCGAACAAUACGCAACAGUGCGUAAAAUACCAAAACCGACUACGCACGAAAACAAAAGUGCGACGGUACACUCUGGCGUCUGUCCAAACAAAUGAAGAGCACCAACAGACAGGUGAAAACAAUUACACACAACACAUGACAGAAACAACGAGAACUUAUAGGACACAUAAUCAACACUAAACAUGAACAGGUGUACCAAACAGACCUAACCAAACAAACAUCGAAAACAAAGAACGGUGGCAGCUAGUACUCCGGAGACGACGACCGCCGAAGCCUGCCCGAACAAGGAGGAGGAGCAGCCUCGGCCGAAACCGUGACACACUGGAAGCCUAUUUCACUUCCUCAAAAUCCCCAGAAUGAAAAAUGUUGACGUUUUUACCGAGGAUGUUUUAGUUUUUACAUCUAACUAAGGUGUUUGGUGCAGUAUUUCUCAAGUAAAAAGAUACGUGACUUGUUGUCUUAUGUAAACAAAGUCAGAGCUGCUGAGCAGGUCUGUCUCGUUGCCUAUGCUAUUGGAUAGAGAGCAAUCACCGCAGCUGUUUCUGACUUAUAUCGAUGCCACAUAGGCCAUUUUCGAAGGGAAUUGUUGCUUUUUAAAGGCAGUCACUCUUUAAAGAUAAAUGAAAAAUAAAGUACUCAAUUUACUGUCAGGUCGUUCUUGAAUUGCGGUGGCAUUUGGGCAUUACAGUUUUCUCAUUUGUUAAAAAAAAGAUGUAUUUGGGUACAUCUUCCCAUUCUAAUUAAACUAAUAUGGUAGCUUAAUGACUUUUUUAAAACCAUUAUGAUAACAUUAUGGUGCCACCAGUAGGAGUAGAAACACCAAUGCACCAAUGAGACAUUUUUGGUUAUUGAGGAUUUUCUUAAAUGGAGGCCACAGAUGCAGGUCAAUAACCCUUUAAAAAUAAUUUACUAAAGUGAUAUCAUUAAUAAUUUGACAAAGCUUGAAGAAUAUUAGCGAAUCAUUUUCUUUAAUAUAGACCCCUCCCCCGAUAACAGUUUGCCUCUGGAGGGAAUGCUCAAGGUCCUUGUAUAUCUUUGUAAUAAAUGUGAUUUUCAAGGCAGUAACACCAAUGACAUGAAACUGAAGGACAGACAUUAUACUAGUAAAAAAUAUAGGUAUUUUAAUUAGCCUUCUUUGUUUUAUUUAUCUUUACAAUAUAUAAUUUACCUUUGUUCACUUUCUAGCAUUCAAAAUAGAUAUCUCUAAAUGUCACGGCCGUCUACGGAAGGAGUGGACCAAAGCGCAGCGUUUGUAGCGAACAUGACUUUAUUAAAGUUAAAGUGCACGAACGAGAAAACAAUAAACAAUGACGGAUAGUGAAGUCCUCAGUACACAGACUGAAACAUGGAACAAAAACCCACAACCCUAAGGUGAACACUGACAGUUUAAAUAUGGCUCCCAAUCAGAGAUAACGAGCCGACAGCUGACACUCGUUACCUCCGAUUGGGAGUCACAUGACGAGACAAGACACUACAACCAAAACCAAACACAACCAAAUGAACACACCCUAUACCCAACACAACCAAAUGAAUACACCCUGGCUCAAACUACACAGUCCCGGAGCCAGAGCGUGACAGUACCCCCCCCUAAAGGCGCGGACUCCGACUGCGCCUACACCCCAAAAUAGGUGAGGGCUGGGUGGGUGUUGUUCCUCGGAGGCGGCUCCGGCUCCGGGCUUGACCACCACCCCACUUCACUCCCCCCGUAGUGCCCCCGGUCCGAUCUGACCCAGCUUGCUGGAUCAGGACCUCCGACGCGCACCCUUUGCCUGGUGCGUGGAGCCGGAACAGGCCUCACCAGGCUGAAGACUCGCAUCCCUGGCUUGGUGCGAGUAGCAGGAAUGGGCUGGAUCAGGCUGACGGCUCGCACCCUUGGCUUGGUGCGAGUAGCAGGAACGGGCUGGACCAGGCCGACGACUCGUACCCCUGGCUUGGUGCGAGUAGCAGGAACGGGCUGGACCAGGCUGACGACUCGCACCCUUGGCUUGGUGCGAGUGGCAGGAACAGGCCGGGUCGGGCUGGCGACGCGCACCGUAGACUUGGUGCGGGUGGCAGGAACAGGCCGGACCGGGCUGGCGACGCGCACCGUAGGUUUGGUGCGAGUGGCAGGAACAGGCCGGGUCGGGCUGGCGACGCGCACCGUACACUUGGUGCGGGUGGCAGGAACAGGCCGGACCGGGCUGGCGACGCGCACCGUAGGUUUGGUGCGAGUGGCAGGAACAGGCCGGGUCGGGCUGGCGACGCGCACCGUAGACUUGGUGCGGGUGGCAGGAACAGGCCGGGCUGGGCUGGCGACGCACACCGUAGGCUUCGUACGUGGAGCAGGAACAGGCCGGGCUGGGCUGGCGACGCACACCGUAGGCUUUGUGCGUUGAGCAGGAACAGGCCGGGCUUGGCUGGCGACGCACACCUUAGGCUUAGUACGUGGAGCAGGAACAGGUCGGGCUGGGCUGGCCACGCACACCGUAGGCUUCGUACGUGGAGCAGGAACAGGCCGGGCUGGGCUGGCGACGCACACCGUAGGCUUUGUGCGUUGAGCAGGAACAGGCCGGGCUGGGCUGGCGACGCACACCUUAGGCUUAGUACGUGGAGCAGGAACAGGUCGGGCUGGGCUGGCCACGCACACCGUAGGCUUGAUGCGUGGAGUAGGAACAGGCCGGUCCGUACUGGGAACACACACCACUGGCCUUAACCGGGGAUCAGGAACGGGCCGGACCGGACUGGUAACACACCUCAGUCUCUUACGCCGUGCCUCAACUACUUCCCUCCCUCUACUCGCCAAUGGCUCCCGUAAUCCGGUAGCCUUCUCUCCACGUCUCCCUGUGGCAGCCUCCUGCUGCCCAGCCGCCCAAACCAUGUGCCCCCCCCCCAAAACUUUUUGGGGUUGCCUCUCGUCCCUCCGACGAUGGCCCUGCUGACGCCGUUGCUCCUCUCUCGCCAGGGCCUUGAUCCUCCUUACCCGGCGCUUCCUCCCAUGUCCAGUCUACUUGCUCCUGGACACGCUGCUUGGUCCUUUUUUGGUGGGUUUUUCUGUCACGGCCGUCUACGGAAGGAGUGGACCAAAGCGCAGCGUUUGUAGUGAACAUGACUUUAUUAAAGUGCACGAACGAGAAAACAAUAAACAAUGACGGAUAGUGAAGUCCUCAGUACACAGACUGAAACAUGGAACAAAAACCCACAACCCUAAGGUGAACACUGACAGUUUAAAUAUGGCUCCCAAUCAGAGAUAACGAGCCGACAGCUGACACUCGUUACCUCCGAUUGGGAGUCACAUGACGAGACAAGACACUACAACCAAAACCAAACACAACCAAAUGAACACACCCUAUACCCAACACAACCAAAUGAAUACACCCUGGCUCAAACUACACAGUCCCGGAGCCAGAGCGUGACACUAAAUCCCCAAAGAAUGUCACUACAACUAUACAUAUUGAGAUAAGCUUACAUUAAUAUACUGUUUUGCAGUAUAAAGGAUUUUCAUUAUGUUUUAUCAUUGAUAAACAGUUCAAUAUAAACAAAAACAUGAUUGAUGUGUAACUAUUUGUCAUUUGAAAGUGUUUUUAAUGGUUGCAAAGGCAAGGGACGCAAAUGCCAUCGCAAUUCAAGAACGACUCUGUUAUCAUACCAGUGUUCGAAUUUUAGAACUGGAACUGGUGCUGGUACUCAAGCAGUAGAACAUUUGAGGAAGCAAAUCCCUGUACCCUCUUCCACCACUGGCCUGGAUACAGUGCCUUCAGAAAGUAUUCACACCCCUUGUCUUUUUCCACAUUGUGUUGUGUUACAAGGUGGGAUUAAAAUGGAUUUAAUUGUCAUUUUUUUGUCAACGAGCUACACAAAAUACUCUGUAAUGUCAAAGUGGAAGAAAAAUUCUAACAUUUGUAAAAAAAAAAUAUAUAUCUUGAUUACAUAAGUAUUCAACACCCUGAGUCAAUACAUGAUAGAAUCACCUUUGGCAGCGAUUACAGCUGUCAGUGGCAGCGAUUACAGCUGUCAGUCUUUCUGGGUAAGUCUCUAAGAGCUUUGCACACCUGGAUUGUACAAUAUUUGCACAUUAUUCUUUUUAAUAUUCUUCAAGCUUUGUCAAGUUGGUUGUUGAUCAUUGCCAGACAGCCAUUUUCAAGUCUUGCCAUAGAUUUCCAAGCCGAUUUAAGUUAAAACUGUAACUAAGCCUCUCAGAAACAUUCAAUGUCGUCUUGGUAAGCAACUCCAGUGUACAUUUUGCCUUGUGUUUUAAGUUAUUGUCCUGCUGAAAGGUGAAUUUGUCUCCCAGUGUCUAUUGGAAAGCAGACUGAACCAGGUUUUCCUCUAGGAUUUUGCUUGUGCUUAGCUCUAUUACGUUUAUUUUUAUCCUAAAAAUCUCCCUAGUCCUUGCCGAUGAUGAGUAUACCCAUAACAUGAUGCAGACGCCACCAUGUGUGAAAAUAUGAAGAGUGGUACUCAGUGCAAUGGAGGCUGGUGGGUGGAGCUAUAGGAGGAUGGGCUCAUUGUAAUGGCUGGAAUGGAAUAAAUGGAACAGAGUAAAAAAUGUGGUUACAUACAAUACAUUUUUGCACUCCCGUUGUGCUGUGCUCACUUGAACAGGAAGGCAGCCUUCUUGUGGGCAAAUUUUGUCAUGAAACUUUGUCAUCAAAGUCUGUCAUUCUCUGGAUUUAUGGUGCAUUAAAGACAACUGGGAACUUGGAAAAAAACAAGGUCUAAUCAUGACGUUAGUGAUCUUCAGGUCAGAGCUCUAGAAAGAGGCCAGAGUUUCCGACUUGGAAUUCUGAGUUAGAUGACCGUUCAAAACGUAUUUUCCCAGUCGGAGCUAGUUUUUUUUCAGAGUUCCCAGUUGUCUUGAACUCACUGAAGUCUGAGAUUUCCCAGUUCCGAGUUUCCAGUUGUUUUGAAUGCUUCAGAAGUCAUGCUGCAUUGAUAGCAUGGCCAAUGUAUUCAACCUUUUCUGGCCCAUGGUGUUGCGUGUGAAUGUUUAUCCUUUUAAGCUUGCAAAAGAGACCCUUAAACCCAGACUUGGACCACACACCCUCUCAACCGAAUAGCAGGGUGUCACGGUUUCUGCCGAGGCUGCUCCUUCUCCUUGUUCGGGCAGGCUUCGGCGGUCGUCGUCCCCGGAGUACUAGCUGCCACCGUUCGUUGUUUCUGUGUUCGUUUGGUUUGGUCUGUUUUGGUACACCUGUUUCUCAUUUUGUAUUGAUUAUGUGUCCUUUAAGUUCUCGUUGUUUCUGUCUUGUGGUUGUGUGUAGUUGUUCAUUGUCAGCAGGUGUUUCCAUGUCAGUUUGUGCUCUAUUCAUGAUAGAGAGUCCGCACUGUUGUGCGUGUGUUGUAUUUUUACGCUGAGUGCGUUAUUUUCCUUGUGCCUCCGGCUCUGUUUGUAGCCGUUCAUUCUGUGGCUUUAUUAAAGUAAUUUUGGACUUGCAUCUGCAUCCUGCAUUUGAUUCCCACACCACACCUACGCCCGUUCUGACACAGGGGAAGCAAAAUAGUGAUUACUUUGCAAUGUAUUCCUUCCAAACCACUCAUUGUUGAAUUUGCGAUUUCUAACUUGUUGUGUAAUGUUUAUGGCCAAUGAGCACCGAUACGUUUUAUCUAUAAUUUCUCUUCAUAUGACAAGGAUUGAAAAGGAUUUGCCAGUAGAUUGUCGAUGUGAUUCAUGAUGAUGACUGCUUGUGUAGCUUGCUAGCUAAGAUUUGGACGGGCACUUCUAAUGUAACUCUAUAGCAGCACCCUAGGGGGCUUGAACUUUCUAGCUCUCCCUGUAGAUUUUGCAGUGACGUAGUGUCCCAGAACACUGAGCCAAUCACGGCGCAACUAGAGAAGAUUACCAACCCCUACACUCUGUAUUUUCCGCUGGCUGCUCCUCCACCACAGAAAGUACUGAGCUAGGCUGAAACACCUGCAUUUUGGAGAUACCUUACUCAAGAAAGCAAAAAAGAGACCAUGUUUGUAUGCAGCUUUAUUAACUCUUACAUUGUUUGCAAACUGAUUUGUGACAUGUAUUAAUGCCAAAAUAACAUGCAAAACAGGCACAACAGUUGGGGCUCAAAAGAAGUGGGGCUCUGCCCACCUGUCCUGAAUGACGUGUCGCCACUGCUUGUUAAGCACGUUUUACUCCUGAACUUAUUUAGGGUUGCCAUAACAAAGGAGUUUUUCAUUUUUAUAUAAUGUGUUUUCUACAAAUGUUCUACAAAAAUAAUUACACUUUGACAUUAUGGAGUAUUGUGUGUAGGCCUGUGACACAAAAUAGCACUUUAAUCCAUUUUAAAUUCAGGCUGUAACAAAUCAAAAUGUGCAAAAAGUCAAGGGGUGUGAAAACUUUCUGAAGGCACUGUAGUUUGAGCUUGUCUGAGUCUCAGUCUGUGUGUGUGUGUCCUCUCCCAGGUGUUCUGGUCCCAGGCUGAAGAGCUGUAUGUUGUCAUCUGUUCCUGUCCUCUCCUGGCUGCCUCCCUCAGAGACAACGCCAUCGGAGACCCGAUCUCAGGCAUCAGUGUGGGCAUCAUGCACCUACCACAAGGUCUGAUUGCCUGACUAAAUAAAACCUAUAUUUUAAACAUACUUUUAUGUGUCUUAUAUUAUAGCUCUGUUGCCAUCUUUAAUAACCAUCUUUAAAACCAUAUAAUAACCAUCUUUAAUAACCAUAUAAUAACCAUCUUUAAUAACCAUAUAAUGACCAUCUUUAAUAACCAUAUAAUAACCAUCUUUACUCCUCUUUUUAUCUCAUCCUCAUUAACUUCAUCUUUGGGACGUUCUAACACAUCUCUGUGGGUAAGGACGGUGCUAUGUAGAGAGUAUAAACUAUGUUUUAUAGCACACACAGCGACCACUACACAUGCCUUAUUUAGUCAUCCAGUGAACAGAACACUGGUGGUGCCAGGAAAAUAACCUCUCACUCAACGUCAAUAAAACAAAGGAGCCGAUUGUGAACUUCAGGAAACAGCAGAGAGAGCACGUCCCUAUCCACAUCGACGGGACCGCAGUGGAGAAUAUAGACGCAGGAUGAGACCCAGAUGCAGACACAGGAGGCAGAUGGUUCGAGUCACUGAUAUUUAUUAAAAUACAAGGGGCAGGCAAGAGGCAGGUCGAGGACAGACAGAAGUUUGUAAACCAGGUCUGAGUCCGAAAGGUACAGGGCGGCAGGCAGGCUUGAGGUCAGGGCAGGCUGAAUGGUCAGGCAGGCGGGCUCUGUGUCAGGGCAGGCAGAAAAGGUCAGAACCGGGAGGACUAGAAAAACAGGGACUAGGAAAAACCAGGAGUAUGGAACAACACUCUGGUAGGCUUGACGAGACAAGACAAACUGGCAACAGGCAGACAUAAAACACAGGUAUAAAUACACAGGGGAUAAUGGGAACAAAUGGGAGACACCUUGUGGGGGGUGGAGACAAGCACAAGACAGGUGAAACAGAUCAGGUUGUGACAGUGAAGGUGGAAAGCUUCAAGUUCCUCGGCGUACACAUCACUGACGAUCUGAAAUGGUCCACCCACACAGACAGUGUGGUGAAGAAGGCGCAACAGCGCCUCUUCAACCUCAGGAGGCUGAAGAAAUUUGGCUUGGCACCUAAAACCCUCACAAACUUUUACAGAUGCACAAUUGAGAGCAUCCUGUCAGCCUGUAUCACCGCAACCGCAGGGCUCUCCAGAGAUGUGGUGCGGUCUGCCCAACGCAUCACCGGGGGCAAACUACCUGCCCUCCAGGACACCUACAGCACACAAUGUCACAGGAAGGCCAAAAAGAUCAUCAAGGACAACAACCACCCGAGCCACUGCCUGUUCACCCCUCUAUCAUCCAGAAGGUGAGGUCAGUACAGGUGCAUCAAAGCUGGGGCCGAGAGACAGCUUCUAUCUCAAGGCCAUCAGACUGUUAAAUAACCAUCACCAGGCGGCUUCCACCCGGUUACAUAACCCUAAACCUUAGAGGCUGCUGCCCUACAUACAUAGACAUGGAAUCACUGGCCACUUUAAUAAUGUUUACAUAAUUUUGCUUUACUCAUCUCAUAUGUAUGUGCUGUAUUCUAUACUAUUCUACUGUAUUUUAGUCUAUGCCACUCCGACAUUGAUUGUACUAAUAUCCAUAUAUUUCUUAAUUCCAUUCUUUUACUUUUAGAUUUGUGUGUAUUGUGUGUUUUGUUGUUAAUUGUUAGAUAUUACUGCACUGUUGGAGCUAGAAACACAAGCAUUUCGCUACACCUGCAAUAACAUCUGCUAAGUAUGUGUAUGUGACCAAUAACAUUUGAUUUGUUUGAUUUAAUGUUCUGCCUAUGCUCUUAGAAAAAAGGGUUCCAAAAGGGUUCUUCAGCUGUCCCCAUAGGAGAACCCAGAAACCAACAUAGGCACCCUGAGGGUGAGCCUGGUGUCCAUCAUUGGCCUCAUCAUCGUCAAGGAGCUCAACACCUACCUGGGGGAAAAAAACUGCAAGUACCCAUCCCUGUAGAGCUGCUGGCGGUGAGUCACAAUCCCACUCCUCCUACACCCAACAGAGGACAAUAGAUGACUGUAGUUCCCACCCUGAACAUUUGACCAAAUGAAUGGCAGGGAGAAAAAAUUGGUGUGUUCACAAACAAUGGAUGACGAAGUGGAGUAGGAGUAACCCUUUUUCUGUAAAAAAAAAUGACAACUGUAUUUUGACCACAUUAAAACAGCCCCAACAUUAUUUUGUCCAUUUCUAAUGUGGGUUCAGUCAUUGACGUCAUCUCUCUGUCUGUCUGUCGACAGGUCAUCAUCGCCACGGUGAUCUCCUGGCAGGUCAACCUUGGGGGGGAGCAUGGAGUGGAAGUGGUGGGAGAGAUCCCCUCUGGGUGAGUAGAGGAGUAUUAUACUGCACACACAUAGAGAUACACAACCACAUAGAUACACAACCACAUAGAUACACAACCACAUAGAUACACAACCACAUAGAUACACAACCACAUAGAUACACAACCACAUAGAUAUACAACCACAUAUAUAGACAACCACAUAGAUACUGUACACAACCACAUAGAUACACUACCACAUACUGUACAUGCAUAACCACAAAGUAUCACAGCCAUAACAGCCCACAUCCCAGAUACUCAGUCACAUAGUCUAACUACACAACCACUCACACAGAUGACAGUAUACCUAGCUACACAACCACCAAACUACAAUACACAACAUCAUGAUCACACAAAGUUAUCUACGCUUGUUUCUCUUCCCCAGUCUACAGCCCCAUGUCCUGCCUACAGCCUCUCUGUUUGGUCAGGUUAUAAAUGAUGCCUUCGUUCUGUCUGUGGUUGGCUACGCCAUUGCCAUCUCUCUCGGACAAAUCUUUGCCCUAAAACAUGGCUACAAAGUUGACAGCAACCAGGUGAGAAACACUGUCAAAAAUGGUGUGAUUGGAUAUCUCUCUGGGUAUAGAUGUUGUAAUGUGUGGCAUGCACUGCUUGUGAAUGACUGCAUGUGCUAUUCACUUCCCUAUUUACUAAAGAAAGUGGUCUCUUCCUGGUUUAGGAACGGAUAGCCCUGGGUCUCAGCAACUCCAUCGGAGGGGUUUUCCAGUGCUUUGCAAUCAGUUGCUCGAUAUCUCGUACCAUGGUUCAGGAAAGCACUGGGGGAAAGACACAGGUACAGACACCUCUCAUUAUGACAGUAGUCAUACAUUAUUCUGUUGCACUGAUAAGUGGGUUCAUUAAAAAAUCCCUCAAAGCAUUCAUUAAAACCCACAUUACACACCCAUGUGUCAUUCAUUACAACACAAAUAAUUUGUUGUCUAGCACUUCAUUUCAACUGCCAGGGCUCAUUAUUACUAUGCAAGUACAAGAGGGUUGAAGUCUGUUUUAAUGCUCAAUGAUCCAAUUGCAGAAUCUCCACAUGAGACCUGGACGAGACUGAGCAAAGUGAGGGAAAUGAUGUGGGAGAAACUGAAGAUAGACUACAGGAAGACUGAGGUGGAGCGCGCCCACAGGACUGGAAAACCCACCACCGGCCCAGGUGACAGGCCCAGGUCGAUAGUGGUGAAGUUCCUGAGGUUUAAGGACAAGGUAGCUGUUCUGGAAUGAGCCAAGAACUUGAGAAGAAUGUACAUCUUCCUCAACGAGGACUAUCCUGAAGCUGUGCUCCUGAAGAGGAAAUAACUUAUCCCAACCAUGGAAGCUGCCAAAGCGUACAGGGACAUUGCUUACAUCCACUAUGACAGGCUCAUUGUCCACCCUCCCUCCCAAAUGCCUGGAAGGGAUGAGAGAGCCAAGCCUAUGGGCUUGUAGCUUCAACCCCGCAGCACACACACUUACACCAACUGAUUAAUGGACUGCUGAAUGUAUAUAUUUUUUAUCUUGCUCUGUUUGCUCUUUUCCAUAUUAUGUCUAUCUCUGAUAAGCUACCCAGGAAAAGGCUGAAAAUAGCCCAUAUUAAUAUAUGUAGCCUUAGAAAUAACGUUAAUGAAAUCAAUAACUUGCUAACAUCAGAUAACGUUAAUAUAUUAGCCAUUUCUGAGACUUACUUAUAUAAUUCAUUUGACGAUACAGCAAUAGCAAUACAAGGAUAUAACAUCUAUAGAAGAGACAGAAAUGCUUAUGGGGGAGGUGUUGCUAUAUAUAUUCAGAGCCAUAUCCUUGUAAUGCUUAGAGAAGAUCUUAUGUCAAGUGUUAUUGAAGUGUUGUGGUUGCAGGUUCACCUGUCACAUCUAAAGCCUUUUAUUUUGGGGUGUUGCUAUAGACCACCAAGUGCUAACAGUCAGUAUCUAAAUAAUAUGUGUGAAAUGCUUGAUAGUGUAUGUGAUUUAAACAGGGAGGUCUACUUUCUUGGGGACCUCGAUAUUGACUGGUUUUCAUCAUGCUGUUGGCUCAAGAGAAAGUAUCUCACUGUAACCAGUGCCUGUAAUCUGGUUCAGGUUAUUAAUCAACCUACCAGGGUGUUUACAAACACUACAGGAACAAGAUCAUCCACAUGUAUUAAUCACAUUUUUACUAAUACUGUAGAACUUUGUUCUAAAGCUGUAUCCGUUCUCAUUGGAUGCAGUGAUCACGAUAUAGUGACUUACUGCAAAUGGAGAAAUUAUGUGACUAAACUCAACAAAAAGAAGAAGAAUCUGUAUUAUGAAGCCAAGAUCAAUGAUAUAAAGAAUGGUGAUAAAACACUUUGGAGUACUUUAAAUGAAAUUAUGGGCAAAUUCAACUCCAUCUUUCAUCGAAUCAGAUGGCUUAUUCAUCACAAAACCAUUUGAUGUUGGCAAUUAUUUGAAUGAUUACUUCAUUGGCAAAGUGGAAAUGCCAACAACGCACAGUGAGCCAUCGUACUCAUGCAUAAAAAAAACAGAUAAUGAAAGAAAAGCAUUGUAAGUUUGAAUUUUGUAAAGUUGGUGUGGGAGAGGUGGAAAAAUUAUUGUUAUCGAUCAAUAAUGACAAACCUCCUGGCAUUGACAACGUAGAUGGAAAGCUACUGAGGUUGGUAGCUGACUCUAUAGCCACUUCUAUCUGUCAUAUCUUUAAUCUGAGCCUAGAGGAAAGUAUUUGUCCUCAGGCCUGGAGGGAAGCCAAAGUAAAUCCACAACCCAAGAGUGGUAAAGCGGCCUUUACUGGUUCUAACAGCAGACCUAUCAGCUUGCUGCCAGCUCUUAGAAAACAGUUGGAAAGAAUUGUGUUUGACCAAAUACAAUGCUAUUUCUCUGUAAACAAAUUAACAACAGACUUUCAGCAUGCUUAUAGAGAAGGGCACUCAACAUGUACGGCACUGACACAAAUGAUUAAUGAUUGGUUGAAAUAAAUUGAUAAUAAGAACAGCUGUACUGUUAGAUUUCAGUGCAGCCUUUGAUAUAAUUGACUAUAACCUGUUGUUGAGAAAACGUAUGUGUUAUGGCUUUUCAACCUCUGCCAUAUCGUGGAUUCAGAGAUAUCUAAUAGAACUCAGAGGGUUUUCUUUAAUGGAAGCUUCUCUUAUGUCAAACAUGUAAAGUAUGGUGUACCGCAGGGCAGCUCUCUAGGCCCUCUACUCUUUUUCUUUUUUACCAAUGACCUGCCACUGGCAUUAAACAGAGCAUGUGUGUACAUGUAUGCUGAUGAUUCAACCAUAUACACAUCAGCAACCACAGCUAAUGAAGUCACUGAAACCCUUAACAAAGAUUUGCAGUCUGUUUUGGAAUGGGUGGCCAGUAAUAAACUGGUCCUAAACAUCUCUAAAACUAAGAGCAUUGUAUUUGGUACAAAUCAUUCCCUAAGGUCUAGACCUCAGCUGAAUCUGGUAAUGAAUGGUGUGGCUGUUGAACAAGUUGAGGAGACUAAAUUACUUACCUUAGUUUGCAAACUGUCAUGGUCAAAACAUAUAGAUUGAAAGGUUGUAAAGAUGGAGAGAGGUCUGUCCAUAAUAAAGAGAUGCUCUGCUUUGUUGACACCACACUCCACAAGGCAAGUCCGGCAGGCUCUAGUUUUUAUCUUAUCUUGAUUAUUGUCCAGUCAUAUGGUGCUGCAAAGAAAUACCUAGUUAAGCUACAGCUGGCCCAGAACAGAGCCACACAUUGUAGCGUAGACGCAGGGAGCCAGGAAGCAAGUGCAGUUGGUGAGUUUAAUAACGAAGACCAUGAAGAUAUACAAAACAAGAGCAGCGUACUGGGCAUGAAAAACAAAACCAAUACUGCCUGAAGACUGAGGCUACUGAGGGCUAAAUAAAGGGGAAGUAAUCAAGGUACUGAUGAAGUCCAGGUGUGCAUAACGAUGGGGAGCAGGUGUGCGUAAUGAUGGUUGCCAGGUGUGCGUAAUGUGGGUUGCCAAGACCGGUGGUUAGUAGACCGGCGUCGUCGAGCGCCGGAGCGGGAGAGCGGGUGUAGGCGUGACACACGUCUUGCUCUUCAUUGUAAUCAGAGGGCUAAUAUUAAUACUAUUCAUGCCAGUUUCUCUUGGCUAAGAAUUGAGGAAAAAUUGACUGUGUCACUUCUUGUUUUUAUAAGAAACAUUAAUGUGUUGGAAAUUCCUAAAUUGUUUGCAUAGUCAACUUACACACAGCACUGACACACACACUUACCCCACCAGACAUGCCACCAGGGGUCUUUUCACAUCCCCCAGGUCCAGAACAAAUUCAAGGAAACAUACAGUAUUAUACAGAGCCAUGAUUGCAUGGAACUCCCUUCCAUCUUAUAUAGCGCAAGUGAACAGCAAACCUGGUUUCAAAAAACAAAUAAAGCAACACCUCACGACACAACACCUCUCCCCCAUGUGACCUACUUGUUAUGUGCAUUUGGCGUCGGCUAAUGGGGAUCCUAAUAUAUCAAAUCAAAUCUUUCUUUCUUUCUUUCUUUCUCUCUUCUCCCAGGUGGCUAGUGCUCUUUCAGCCAUGGUGAUUCUAGUCAUUGUGCUGUGGAUUGGGGCUCUCUUUGAAGAACUGCCAAAGGUACCAUUCUAUUGACUGUUGGUUUAUACACUCUUCCUGUUAGCCACUGAGGUGGUUCUGUGUGUGAUUGUGAUUGGUGGCUAUCUUUCUGUCCAACAGGCAGUGUUGGCAGCCAUCAUUUAUGUGAACCUGCAUGGCAUGAUGAAGCAGUUCAUGGAUAUGGUGUGAGAGAGAGAGAACGAGAGAGAAAGAGUCAGGGGGAGGAGGGGUCAACAGAGAUAGGGGCGAGAUGAAUGAGGAGUGGAGAAAGAGAAGAGAGGGGUCUUAGAUUUGAUUUCAAGUUAGUUUAUUGGUUUUUCCCUCACAGAGAUAAUAUGAAAAAAGUGCUUUCUAGAACCUAAAAUUGUUCUUCGGCUGUCCCCAUAUGAGAAUCCUUUGAAGAACCCUUCUUGGUUCAAGUUAGAACCCUUUUGGGUUCCAUGUAGAACCCUUUCCGCAGAGGGUUCCAAAAGGGUUCUACCUGGAACCAAAAAGGGUUCUACCUGGAACCAAAAUAGGUUCUCCUAUGAGGUCAGCCGAAGAACCCUUUUGGAACCAUUUUUUCUAAGAGUUCAUAGUAGAAACAAAAGUCUCAGGGGUAAAGUGAGAGCGUCUGGUGAGGUGUUUGUUUUCCUGUCUGUCCCCCUCCCUCUCGCUCUAGCUGCUGUGGGUGGCCACUCUGAUCCUGACCGUGCUCUUCAACCCUGACCUAUGCGUGGCAGCCUCCAUUGCCUUCUCCAUGCUCACGGUCAUCUACAGGACCCAGCUGUGAGCACACAAUCACUCACACACAUGCACGCACGUCCGCACGCAGAUACAGACAAGGACACAUGCAGACACACACAGACACACGUAUUCCCAACCACUAUAAACCACACCCCACAUUAACUCCACUCUAUCACAGACAGACUCCACCUAACCAGGAACCUCCAACACUGCUCAUUUUAAUGUAUCCCUCCCACACAUCAUUAAACCAUUCACUCUUUAUAGUCAUUUUAACAGAUUUAAAGGGACUCAACAUCUCAUCUGCUCCACUUACUGUGCUAAAUUGUGUACUAAAUUGUAUGUUAAAUCUAUUUGUCAGUUUGUCUAUUUGUCAGUUUCAGGCCAAAGUACUCCCUUCUAAGGCAGGUCCCUGAGACUGACAUCUACAGACCAGUGGAGGACUAUAAUCAGGUAUGCGUCCAUGGCAACAAGAUAUAUAAAUAUACAGUACAUAUUCAGUUACUCUCUAAUCAUACCGCCACUCAAUCAAUGGGGAAUCUUUAACUUGUAGGUACCAGGGCUAUGUCUAUGAAGGUGUUUCACUUACAUGUUCUACAGUAUAUCAGUUGUGAGGUGUACUUUAACUAGGCUCCGGGGUGAAGUAUCCCCUAGGUACAUAUCUAGGAUCAGCUUCCCCUCCACCAAUCCUACCAUUAGUGGGGAAAAUUGCAACUCUGUGUAAUGAUGUGUAUCAUCAUUUCGUAUUAUUCUGUACGUAAAUCUGAGACACUCCAUUUAGUAUGAUAUGUUAUGUUACGUUUCAUAUGGUAUGUAUUCAUUUGUGGAUGUCCAUCAUCCAUUUCCUAUGAUAUGUUACGAAUUGAAUUUCGCACAACAUGUCACAAAUUUGCAAAACGUAUGAUAUGUUACAAAUUCCGAUUUGUUGUGGUUAACGUUAGCUAGGUGGCAAGGUGGCUAACGCUAACAUUAGAUAGCUGGCUAAUGAUAGGUAGGCUAGGGGUUAGGGGUUACAUUUACGGUUAAGGUUGGGGUUAGGUGUUAGGUUAAAGGAUUAAGGUUAGGAUUAGCUAAAAGGGUUAAGGUUAGGGUUAGGGUUAGGGGAAGGGUUAGCUAACAUGCUAAGUAGUUGCAAAGUUGCUAAUUAGCUGAAAUGCUAAAAUUGUCCACAAUGAGAUUCAAACACCUUGGGGUUGCUAGACGUUUGCGUUAUACGGCCACCCAUCCACCCCGACGAACCACCCUCCUUUCGUUUUUGCUUUAAGUAACCUUCUAUCUUAUGUAACCAUACCAAACGUAACAUAUCAUGCUAGUUUGAGUAUCCCGGAUUUAAGUUUACUAUGUUACGUACAGUCUAUGAGACCAGUCUGCUUUAUCAAGUCUAUUAUAACAAGAGCAUUGCUGUAAAGUACCAUUCUCUCUCAGGUGAAGGAGGUCCCUGGGGUAGUGAUCUUCCGCUCCUCUGAUACCCUCAGACAAGGUGAGGUCACAGGAUAAAGGUCACACAACGAUGACACUACUCAAUACAAGCCAAGCAAUCAGAACAACACUGCAAUUACUAUGCACUACACAAGGAAUUAAUAUGCACUACACAAGCAUACUUUGACAAACUGGUGAAAUGCCUGACCCAUUUUGCUUACAUUCUGCUGUGUGUGUAUCGAGAGGUUGAGCAACAUUGUUAAGAUGUCAUCCAUUCCUCUCUCCUCUCUACACCCCCCAUUAUGCUGUCAUGUUCCAUGGCAGGAAUGGAAAAAGAUGACAAAAUGUCUCACUUCCUUGCUAUUGUGUCUGCAGAGUGGGAUUGACGUCACUAAGCUCAUCUCCCAAAAGAAGAAAGCGGAGGCCAAGAGAUUGAGGAAGAAAAAGAAAGAUGCCAGGAAAGCCAAGAAAGAAAAAAGAAGAACGCACAGGAACUGGUGAGGAGGAGUGACACUGAGAAGAUAGGGAGAAUACCAGUCUGUUUGUAUAGCUCCAAUGUAAUCUACCAAUAGGGUCUAAGGUUAGGAUAGUAUUGGAUUAAUAUGCAGUUAAUGUGAUGAGUGGGUGUCUUAUGAAUGAUCCAUCCAUGUGUUGUCCUGUCCAGGAGGGGGAGCCAGACAGUUCAGAGAAGGAUGUGGAGAAGGAUUUUGGCCACAGUGGAGGAAGGGAGUAAACCCAUCUCUACACUUCCUCGUGCCAUCAUCCUGGACCUAAGUCCAGUAAAUUUCCUAGAUACCGUGGGCGUCAUGACGAUAUGCAAUGUGAGUCGUCUGUCUGCCUGUAGUCAUAGCAGUAAAGUAUUAUUGAAUUCAAUUGAGAGAGAGAAAGAGAGAAAAGAGAGAGAGGGAGAAAGAAAGAGGUAAACGGGCAGAACAGGUUGAGUAAGAUUACCUCUUUCUUUCUUUCUCUCUUUUCUCUCUUUCUCUCUCUCAAUUCAAUUCAAUAAUGAUUUACUGCUAUGACUGCAAAAAUGCAAUGUUCUCAAAACGAGACACACAAUUCAAGAAAAGAAAUUAUGGAGCAGUCUCUCUCGCUCUGACCCCGACCUUUGACCUCUCUCUGGUGCUGUUUCAGAUCCAAAGGGACUAUGGUGAUAUCGGUGUAGAGGUGUGGAUGUCAGAGUGAGUGUUACAUUUUCAAUUUACUAUUACCAAAACCUUCAUGCUGAACAUACAGCACUGUAAAAGCAAUGCAUACCGUGGAUGCUGAAAAUAGCGUUGUUUGUGUGUGUUUCCCAUAAUGUUUUCUGAGAUAUUUACUUUGAUUCUCUUAUGUAAUUAGGGGAUUGCUUAUCAUGACUGAUUAUACAGGCAAAAUCACUAAAGUGGCCAAUGUUUAUGUAGUUAGGAAUGUUGAUUAACCAUAAUUACGAAUGUUUGAUCACAUCUCUCACUCUUCUCCUUCCUCUAUCCCCCUACAUCUGUCCCACUCCCCCUGCUUCCCUCCCUGCCUCCCUCCCUCCCUCCCUCCCGCUCUCUCGCUCUCUCUCUCUCUCUAGCUGGUGUUAUUGAGAACCUGGAAAGAAGAGGAUUCGUCAGUGAGAAAGUCACUAAAAUGUGUCUCUUCUCCUCAAUCCACGACGCUGUGCUUUACUGUCAGACAGACAGGGCCCAGAUGGACAGUGAUGACGAGGUGAAACAGUCAAACACACACGAGCAUGACACAUGCUCACACACACUCAUGCAUGUACACGCAUGCACUACAACACACACUCACAAACACACUCACGAUUACUCACAUCCUUUUACAGUUUAUAACCUGUUCAUAUUGUACACAUACACUGAGUGUACAAAACAUUAGGAAUACCUGCUCUUUCCAUGACAUAGUCUGACCAGGUGAAUCCAGGUGAAAGCUAUGAUCCCUUAUUGAUGUCACUUGUUAAAUCCACUUCAAUCAGUGUAGAUGAGUUGGGUUAAAGAAGGAUUUUCAAGCCUUGAGACAAUUGAGACAUGGAUUGUGUAUGUGUGCCAUUCAGAGGGUGAAUGGGCAAGAUAUAAGAUUUAAGUGCCUUUGAAUGGGUAUGGUAGUAGUUGCCAGGCGCACCGGUUUGAGUAUGUCAAGAACUGCAACACUGCUGGGUUUGUCACGCUCAACAGUUUCCCUGGUGUAUCAAGAAUGGUCCACCACCCAAAGAACAUCUGGCCAACUUGACAUAACUGUGGGAAGCAUUGGAGUCAACAUGGAACGCCUUGUAGAGUCUAUGCCCUGACGAAUUGAGGCUGUUCUGAGGGGGGGAAAUGGGUUGCAACUCAAUAUUAGGAAGGUGUUCCUACUGUUUUGUACACUCAGUGUAUACACAAAUGGUUCUCUACAAAUAUUUUGUUUUGUGGGGUUUAGGUUUUGGUUGCUGGCAGAUCUGUUUUAGUGUUUAGUUGCAUGGAUGGCUCUUUUACAGCUCCACAGGGAGAUCUUACAUGUUUAUGGUAAUUGUUCAGAAAACACAGUCAGGGAACAUUUUACGAAUGAUCGAUCAGUUAUACUGAUAAAUGCUGAAAACCCUUAUCUGAAACAGUCAAGGGGCUCUAUUUUAUCAAACCUUACGCAAUGGUAAGUCUAAGCACUGGCGAUAGCGCUAUAGGUUCAGGGGUGUGUCAGAAAUACUUUUGCUAUUUUCACAGCCAGAAUUAUGAGCGCAGUAGCUGGCGGUGGCGUGAAAGCUCUGGGUUUAGAUUAACAAACAAGUUGUAUGUGUGAUGAGGGCUUGGCCACUCACUGGCCAAUCAACACAUUCCAUAGUCUAAUACUGCAUGCAAUUGUCUCAAGUUCUCUAGGUUAUUGACGGGCUUUGCGUUGUCAUCAACUCCAAUUCAGCUGGGGGAAUGGAACGUUCUAGUCCUGGUCCAUUGUGGUGUCCUAGUCCAUUGUGGAUUGAUACUACAGUUUAUUAAAUAGUAUAGGCUACAGUAACAAGUAACGUAACUGUCUGCAUCAUGUCUACUUCCAGCUUAUACAUACUAUAAACAUUUUAUGGACACAAUCUAUUUGACAAUAGUCAUAUUUUGUUUGUUUUUAGUCCUGUCCUUCCUCUACCCUCAACCUCUCUCAUCUAAUUCUAGUUUGAUUUCUAUUUACCAUAUAUUUUUAACUGUGCUGUUUCACAAAAAUUCUGAACCUAUAUACAUUUUACGGACACAGUAUAUUUUACAUGAGUUAUCUUGUUGUUAUUAGUCCCACCCUUCAGCUCCAUUCAACCCCUCCCAUCUAUCUCUUAACACCAUCCAUAUUGGAUUUCUAUUUGCCAUAUAUUUUCAACUGUACUGUGAUGUUUCACAAAAGUUCUGAACCUUUCUAUUCUCAUAGUUUCUACAGAUUGUAAAUUAAAGAUAAACAUUUUUACGAAAAAUAUUAUUAUAUUAUUGAUCGAUUGACUAUGACUUUUCAGAUCACCCAGUAGUGCUAUCUGCAGGGUUAGCUCCAGGUAAAUAUUGCAAUCCUUUAGCCAUUCCUGGACCUGUGACCAAAAACAAGCUACAUAUGGACAGUACCAAAACAAAUCAUAUAAUGACUCUGUCUCUUUGCAGCAAAAUCUGCAGAGCUGGGAAGGUUGUAUCCCCCAUAUAUAUAACAUUCUAUUGGUUGCUAGAUUUUUGUAUAUUCAUUUAAAUUGAAGAAUUCUAAGUUUUGAAUACUGCGUCGUUUUGCGUAUCAGUUCAUAAACCAUGUGCCAUGGAAUCGGUACAUCGAAAAUCUCUUCCAAACUAUUUUGCAAUCUAUAUGGCAUAGCUGUCCAUUUUUUGGUCCUUAAAUGAAACUGGUAUACUUUUUUAUUUAUCACAAUUUUAUUUAACCAAUUUUGGUCUUUCAUGUAGGGCCGACAGACAAGUUCCUUACAGCCAGCGUUUCCUCAAAAGCCUUUUGGAGUGUUUGGAGUGUUGGCAGUCAACAUUGUUAUAAUUGGCUUCAACGAGCUACGUGUGUUUAUGCAUCGCACUUCUCCUAAAAUAAAAAACGUCAGGCUCCCGUAAAUUGUAUUGUAUGUGUGAGGCACGUUCUCAAUAAGCAAAAUAUAACCUAGGCCUACCGUUGAUAUUGCAUUGUAGGACUGAAUAAUUGAAAUAAGUUUGGAGGAGCUCAUCUUUGGUAACCAGUUGAGAGGGGCUCUUAGAAGAUGGGGAUGGAUACUUGAACAAGCAAAAUGAAGUAUGCAGGUAGGCAUAAGUGUGUAUGUUUUAGGAUGUGCAGUAUAUUUUCAAUUCAAGGCACUCAUUUAAACACCUUUUAUGGAUAGGCUACUUUGCAAGGCCAGGAUAAAAAAGACAAGAUGCAUUGCUGUUGAACCAGCCUUAGUAGCCAGUGUGCUACUAAGGCUGGUUGACGAAAUUGCAAACUAACGUGCGUAAAUAGAGCCCAAGAGGUAUUUGGAGUACAAAUCCUUUGACCUAAGCCUCUCUAAAUCAUUUUGCUGAGACUAUGUUAUGAAGGUUGCUAAGGUUACUGGCUGUGUUGAAACAGGAUAUAUUUUAACAAGAUCUUCCUCUCAAACCGUCAAACUCAGUUUGGGGCUGCUGACGUUAUGAGCAGGGUGGCCCCAAACAACUAUGUGACUUAAUAUACAGGACAGGAGUGGUCUACAAUGUACGUGACUCUGUUACACUGUAGUUGUUAACUAUUUAUAACCAAACCAGCCGUGGUAUAUAUCUCUCUCUUUCUUUCUCUCUCUUUCUCCCUCACCUCUCUGUCUGUCUCCCUCUCUGUUCUCCAGGAAAUGCAAGCAACUCAUUUCUGAAUACAGAGGGUAAUGGAGACAUCUUACUGUAUGGUACAUGUGUACCACAGGAGGCUGGUGAGAGGAGGACAACUCAUAACAAUGACUGGAAUGAA